CACACAUGCGCACACAGACACACACACACACACACACACACACACAAAAGAGGUGUCUAAGGCUGUGAGUUGGUUUUCUGAGUCACAAAAUCAUACCAGAGUUUUCAGUCUGGCAUACACUGCAGAGCACAAACACUCCACCAGCACCCUCCAAUCAAGGGACAGGCUUCCCUUAUCCUUCUGGAAAUAUUCUUGGAUUUUCCCUCAGAACUGCCAGGCAGCUCUCCAAGGCUCUAUAUACCCCAUACUAUUUGUUUAUGUACUUGUUUACUCCUUUUGCAACUCAAGCCAGUCCUGCUGCCUUUUCAUGCCCAAGCAGCAUCUGCCCCUCCCCAAGCACUGGGUGGGGCUCUUAGACCAGUUAAAGGCGCUGAGCAUCUGUGGGUGUUGCAACACGCCAGCCCAGCCUUGCCUAGCGCUCUGAAAGAAAGCCUGCGACAGAAGGGAGAGAAGUGGCCCCAAGUGCAGCUGAAAGCACUCCUUGGGAGUCAGCCAAGACCCUCCAUCCAAGCAGGGCCAGAUCCUUGCACAUGGCCAUGAUAAGGAGAGGCUUCCAGGUGGCAGCAAGACUUGGCCACCACAGAGGCCUUCUUGGGGCCCCCCGUAUCCUGCCCAGACUCAACCCUGCCUCAGCAUUUGGAUCCUCCACAGACUCCGUGUUCUCAAGAUUCUUGCCAGAGAAGACAGAGUUGAAGGAUGAUGCUCUUCCCAAUGCCAGCUGGUGUUUGGACAUGCUGUGCCUGUACCAAGAAUUUCUGGAGAAGACCAAGUCUAGCGGCUGGAUCAAGCUGCCCUCCUUCAAGUCUAACAGAGACCACAUCUAGGGACUCAAUCUCCCAUCUGGACUGGCAGUUUCCUCGGACAAGGGUGACUGUCGCAUCUUCACCAGGUGCAUCCAAGUGGAAGGACAAGGCUUUGAGUAUGUCAUCUUUUUCCAGCCAUCCAGGAAGAAGUCGGUCUGUCUUUUCCAACCAGGCCCCUACCUGGAGGGGCCCCCAGGGUUUACCCACAGCGGGUCCCUGGCAGCCAUGAUGGACGAGACCUUUUCUAAAACUGCCUUCCUGGCUGGAGAGGGGGUGUUCACACUAAGCUUCAACAUCAGGUUCAAAAACUUGAUCCCCAUGAGCUCUCUGGUUGUAAUGGACAUAGAAGUGGGAAAGAUUGAGGACCAGAAGCUUUACAUGUCCUGCAUCGCCCACAGCAGAGACCAGCAGACAGUUUACACCAAGUCCUCAGGUAAAGGAGCCCCCAGCCCAGCCCCAGGCCCUGUCCUGCCACCACCCACCCCCAGAACAAACAGGAGGAAGGAAAGAUGCCAAGGAUUCUUCCCAAGCUGCAGUCCAGCUUCUUUAGGGGAGGGAUAGGGCACCUACUGGGGACACAGAUGAAGUGAGGGAGAGCAGAACUAGGAUUUUUUUUUCUAUGUAUGAGUUAUCCAACCUGUAACGAAAGGACAAGACCCAGGUAAUGGGUAAUUUGGAGCCAAAUGCUCAGAGUGUCCAUCAAACUCCUGCCAUCUCAGUGCAGCUCUUGCAGCUCAGCUCACCCUUCUCUUGCAGGUGUUUUCCUUCAGCUGCAGCUGGAAGAAGAGUCUCCCCAGUAACAGUCACUCUGCCUGCAGGAGAGCCUCCCACUGCCUCCCUGCCUGCCUGGGACCCACCAAAGAGCAACUGCUUCCUCAAGAAGCAGUUGGUGAGGCAAGGGAAAGGACCCUUUUCUCUGAGUAAAUAAAGUCUCACAGCCCCA